AUCGAUGGCAACACCGUCAAUCUGACCUAGGAUGCACCGUGUACCACGGCUGUGUGUGGCUGCUUGAACUAAACGUCGCAGCGUUCACUUUGUCAACAACAAUUGGAGUGCGGAUGACGAUUGUGGAAGCGACGAUUAAGAAAUCAUUCCCACGUUCACGCUUUUUAGAAUACGCUACGUCGUUACUCUUGCCUUUUCGCGAGUUAAAGUCGCAGCGCAUCGUGCCAAAUGUUUUAGUACGCGGACACCUCGCAAUGGAAAUAACUGUUCUCCGUAUCCGUUCGUCAUCAUCGACGCAUGAACAUCAUUCGCAUUGAUUACCGGCUUAAUCGAACGAGAAACAUGUGGUUGCGUAAGAUCCCCAUGCGUCGUUACUUCCUGCUUCGUCUGAUCGUUGGUCUUAUACUCGCGGGGAUCCUUGAGGCGUCUGAAGAGCCACGCGAAACGAAAGUCAUCUUCAAAGAGACUUCCUCGACGAUAACGGAUCGAUAUUCCAUUCAUGAAAACACGACGCCCGCCUCAUUACCGGUCACCAAUAGCAGUCGAGAAUUAACGUCACCGAUCGUCAUCGAGGCCCGUCAUCGAAACGAUUCCAACGUCUUCAGGCCCAGCCAACACUUGGGCGAGAUCGAGCAACCGGCCGUUCGGCCGAAUCCCUUCAACAAUGUGCAGCACGUGAGAUUCGAGAACAACGUUCAUCUGGAUACGCAGCGCGAACGUUUUCAGAAUAUCCUUCAGGACACGUAUCUCCAGUCUCCUGGACACGGUGUCUCCAGUCUGUUGGACGAGGCGACGCGAUCGAGCAGAAUUAAAUUCCAGGAUGACCGCGUGACACAAACGUCGAACGUCCGACAUUCCUUCGGUGAUCGGCAGACCGUUACGGAGAGUCCGAGAUCGCAGUUUGAGGAAGCCGUCGGUCAUGCGUUUGUCGAUCAGACGUUUUUUCAAAACGUCGAAAAGCCGGAGGUGCAGGAUACCUCGGCGAUCUUCGGGAAACCGACGACCGAUCAUCGAUUAACCGGUGUUUACUACGACGCCUCGAGGUCACCGUACGUUAUCAGUUAUCAUCAGACUCAGAAUGCUUAUCAGCCGACGUCGCAAGAGACCGCGAUCGAAAUGAUAAAGAAACCGGAGAAUAACGGGAUCUUGGUACUUGAGGAACAGUCGACCUACACGAGAAAGCGGAAGUUCCCCUAUCCGUUUUAUCAAUCGGGUGGCGACUAUCACGAUGUGCAAUACAUAGAGGACCCACAUCCGACUAUGGUUUAUCCGCGGAUGAAAAGACCGUUUCCUUGGAAGAAGAUUAUUCACCUAAUCGGCACUUUUCUACCGCUUGGUCUACUAUUAGCGACACUGACGCCGAAUGUUAUUCGGGUCGGCAACACGACGACAACUCAGCCGAACAUCGUCCUCUCGAAAUUACGGGCCGUCGAUCUGCCGGUCGAGCACAAGCAGGCACCUACGCUCGACGAUCAAUCGACGGUUUGCGAGGAUCGAUCUGUUUGCGAAUUGAUCUUGGCUGGCGGUGAGCUGAAGUCCAACAUCUUGCAGAAUAUCUUGUGGAACUUGGCCGCCAGAACUCCGGACGACGUCGCAAAAAGAAAUGGCCUUCGUGAGGUGUUUAGCGCCGUGAGGAAGAAAGACUGUACGGCGAUCAGCUGUUAAUGAUUGCCUAGGAAGCCCGAAGAUAAUCGCGCACACGCGAUCUCUCCUUCCUGCUCGUUGAUUUAUGGCGUUAAUGUUCGCACGUUAUGCAAAUUUCGCGCGUGAAGCAGCGAGAGUCUAAAAAUCGAUUAAACAUCAUACUACACUAACGUAUAAUAUCAUCAUAUUACACAUAUAUGCAAGAGCUCCAUCAAUAAUACAUCAGCAUCGAUUAUAGCGUAUAAUUAUAUCGAGAUAAUAUCAGACAAUAUUAUCUUAACUACAUUAUCUAUCUCGCAGUAUCUCUUAAAAAAAAGAUCACAACUCAAAAGGGAGAUCUUCGCUUCACUCACUCCACGAUGCGUGCGCGUGUAUGUGUGCGGUAUUCAUCUUUAAUAAUACAUAAAAUAUCCCGUCUACGAGUCUAACGAGUGGCGAUUCCCGAAUAAAAACACGACAUGGUUAGCACGUAAAAAUGAUUGGUUUUUUUUUUUUUGCUCAUUUAUGUCACGCGACGAUUGUAAAAGC